AUGGAUCAAUUUUAUGAUGAUUAUUAACCAACAACAAACAACAAAGAUAUCAAAAUAUAUCGUAAUGGCAAUUCCAAUUUAUGUUGCACCUUAACAAUCAGAGAUAAUACUAAAUUUAGUGAAAUACGUAAAUCUUUGCAAUAAAAAUGGGACACUCAGUUUAAUCGCUUGAGACUCUUCAAUUAGGAGGGCGUAGAAAUAACUGAGGACGAUUUGGAUUAUAUAAAAAAUGGAACUGUGUUAUUUGCAUCCAAAGGUGAAGAAUUCGACGAAAGCUUUUAAUUGGCAGAGUAUGAACAAUUGUAAGAUAUCGGAGAAGGAGGCUUUGGAAAGGUCGUACUGGGAAGACACAAGCAAACAGGCGAGAAGGUAGCUAUCAAACAUGUAAACAUUUAUCAUAAUGAGGAUGUGGAUAUGAUCUUCAGAGAAGCAAGAGCACUCAAGUCUCUAAAACACGAUAACAUAGUCAAAAUUUAUAAUGCCUUCUUUUUACAGAAUUUAUAAACUGUUUAUAUUAUGGAAUAUUUGGAGGGCGGUGAAUUGCUUUAAUAUUUGUAAACCAAAGGGAGAUUCGAGGAGAAUGAGGCUAGACAUUAUUUUAAAUAGUUGGUCAGUGCAAUAUCAUAUUGUCAUCAGAAGAAGAUAAUUCAUAGAGAUUUAAAAUUAGAAAACCUAUUGUUGACCAGCAAAGAUUCUGGCAUCAUCAAAUGUAUUGACUUUGGCAUCUCCGGCUUUGCAUCUAAUGACAAUCCAGAAAAUGCAGAUGCAGGCAGUCUUCGAUAUAUGGCUCCUGAAUUGCUCAAAGGAAUGGACAAGGCAGUCUCCCCUCUAGUGGAUGUAUGGUCAAUGGGUAUCAUAUUAUAUGGUAUGCUAUUUGGCACAUUACCAUUUACCGGUAACACCAAUAAAGAGAUUAUUGCUUAAAUUUCAGAGGGGAGAGUCAACAUUCCUCAUGAAUUCAAUAACAAGCUCUCUCAAAAUUGUCUGGAUUGUUUGUAUCGUGCCUUGGAACCAGAACCAAAGAAAAGAAUCACUUCAAUAGAACUCUUAAACCAUCCUUUUGUUACUAAUGAAAAUACCUUAAGCACUGCUACUAAUAAACCUAAAAUCUAAACAUAACUGUAACAGAUUGAUGAAGUUGACCAUUAAGUUGUGUAAUAAUAAUCAUAAUCAGCAACCAAUAAAAAAUAGAGUGUCCAACUUUCCAAAUAGCAAUUCGCUAAGUAGCAUCCUCAAUCUACUAGACAAUUAACAUAAACAUAGAAGAAACCCCCUCAAUAGUCACCAUUAUUAUAAAAAUAACCUUAAUAAACUGGAUAAACCUUAAAGUAAACAAAAUUCAGUAAAAAGUGA